AUGAUGCUCAGUGUCUGGAAGAAAGAGAAAGACGAGGGGUGCAUCUCCGCAGAGCCGGGGUUUAUAAGAGAAGUUCAAGACCGUCGUGUCUGCCCGCUUAAGCUUUCCAUACUAGCGCGCUCGGCUGGGAGGAGUUCUGUGAAAGGUGUUUGGCCUGAAUCUAAGAGCUUUAGUGACGAGGGGAUUGGAGAAAUUCCAAGAAGAUGGAAAGGGUUUUGCGAAAAUGAAAAUGAUACCACAUUUCAUUGCAACAGGAAGUUGAUUGGAGCAAGGUACUUCAAUAAAGGGUUUUUGGCAGACAUAAUGGAAAGGGGUUUAAACGCUUCCAGGAUUGGCGAUUUGUAUUCACCUCGUGACAGUGAUGGCCAUGGCAGUCACACCUUAUCAACUGCGGGAGGCAAUUAUGUGGCAAAUGUAAGUAUUUUUGGGAUGGGUAAUGGAACAACAAAAGGUGGAUCACCUAAAGCUCGAGUGGCAGCUUACCGGGCAUGUUGGUAUGAUUUUGAAUGCUUCGAUGCUGAUGUACUAGCAGCCUUCGAUGCCAGCAUUCAUGAUGGCGUUGAUGUUAUGUCAGUGUCACUUGGACCGGAAUCUUCGGAGCUCACGAAGGAUAGUGUUGCUAUUGGGUCUUUACAUGCCGUGAGUGAGGGCAUUGUGGUGGUCUCCUCUGCAGGUAAUGGUGGACCUGAUAAUGCGACUGUUUUAAACAUUGCUCCUUGGUUGAUCACUGUUGGAGCUAGCACUAUUGAUCGCCACUUCUCUUCUUUUGCUAUCCUUUCCAACAACAUAGUUUUCCAGGGAGAGAGUGUUACAGAUAAAUUCAUGCCAGAGAAGUUCUUUCCGCUGACUAGUGCAGCUAAGGCAAAUGUUGUUAAUGCUUCAACUAAAGACUCAGCCCUAUGCAAGAAUGGAACAUUAGAUCCCCUGAAGGUCAAUGGAACAAUCUUGGUUUGUCUUAGAGGAGAAAAUACAAGAGUGGACAAGGGUAUACAAGCUGCUUUCGCUGGUGCUGUAGGGAUGAUUCUAGCUAAUGAUAAGCAGUCUGGUAAUAACAUCAUUGCUGAUGCACAUCUCAUCCCGACAACACAAGUCAACUACACUAAUGGUGUUGAUAUCUUUGCUUACAUCAAUUCGACUAAGUCACCUAUGGCUUACAUUUCUCGCCCAACUACACAAUUAGGCAUAAAGCCAGCACCAAUUAUGGCAACUUUCUCAUCUAGGGGACCAAAUCCCAUUAUGCCAGGAAUUCUUAAGCCUGAUAUCACUGCUCCAGGAGCAGAUAUAAUAGCUGCUUACACUGAAGAGCAAGGACCAACAGGUAUUGAGUUAGAUACGCGCCGAGUUCAAUUUAAUACAAUGAGUGGGACAUCAGUGUCAUGCCCUCAUGUUUCGGGCAUUGCUGGGCUUCUUAAAACUCUCCAUCCAAACUGGAGUCCUGCAGCAAUUAAAUCAGCAAUCAUGACAACCGCAAAAACGUGGGAUAACAAUAUAGAGCCGAUGCUGGAUUUGGUUGAUUACUCAAAGGCAACACCGUUUGCUUAUGGAGCAGGACAUGUAGAUCCAAACAAGGCUAUGGAUCCUGGAUUGGUUUAUGAUUUAACCAUUAAUGAUUAUUUAAAUUUACUUUGUGCCACUGGUAAGAGCCAAGCCGUAAUUGCUUCUUUACUAAAGGGCCGCCCUUAUGCAUGUCCUAAUUCCUUCAAUCUAUUAGACUUCAACUAUCCUUCAAUCACCAUAGCUGAACUUCGUGGCACAAUCAGUGUUAGUAGAACCAUUACAAAUGUCGGUUCUCCGAAAACUUACAUAGCACUUCUCCAAAAUCCAGGAGGAAUUUUUAUUAAUGUGGUCCCAAAAUUGUUGAAGUUCAAUGAAAUUGGCGAGAAGAAGACCUUUAACCUCACACUGAAGGUUUUGAAUGCAACGGUUGCGAUGGAAUAUUCAUUUGGAAGGCUAAUGUGGUGUGAUGGUAAGCAUACGGUAAGUAGCCCUAUUACAGUAAAGACAAUUUAA